CCUAGCAUAGUCACUUUUCUCUCAUGGCGCCUAAUCCAUCAUCCAGACAGGACAAACAUGAGGUCGAGGCGCCUCACGACACAUUCAGCUAUGAUUGCCGAGGCUCAGAGAGUUCUCCUGAACCUCCUGACUGACGUCAUCGGCUCGGUCAAUCACGUGAUACUCUUGUGCCGCUCAUCCUUCGACGACAAGGCGGACGGUGCGAGCACCCUGGGGACAUUUCGCCUGCUUAAGAAAAUGAUCAAGACGGUGGCGUUUUUUUGUCAUUCUUCUCACGACUGCUCGAGUGAUAAAAAUCUGGACAAAGCGUGGGACGCAAGCCAGGUUGUCCACAAUGACGUAGCGAUUCUUGUUUUAGUUGGGGACUAUCAAAACGUGUCGUCACAGACUUACACUUUUCAAGGGAAGAUCAUGAAAACCUUUCCCUCUCACACAAUCGUUUUUCUCUCCCAUAGUAUCCUACAGGAAUGCAACGCAGACGAAUGUCUGCAGGGCCUCCAGGCCUAUUCUAACCACUCUAACGUCUUCCUGUUUCUACGAGAUCUUCAGUCUUACCGCCUAGUCGAGAAAAACUGCGAAGGGGUUAAAUUUGUGCUCGCACCGGACAUGGCGUUUGGAAUAGGAACCGUACAGCGGCAUAUCACGGCCACCUACGAUGUCAUCUGGCUGCGGAGCUCUGAGGACGUCACACAAAGAUACACGAUGCCAUCUUCGCCAUCGGAUCUUUCCGUCUUCGUGUCCGAUUGGACGUCCGGUUACUGGGUCACCAAUACUGGCGGAUCGGACGAGGAAACGGAAUUCAUCGUCACGCAGGCCGGGCUUGAUUUCCUCCAGAGGGGCCGUGUUGUUGUGACGGACCGUCUCCAUGGACACAUUCUGUCGGUGCUGAUGAACCUACCGCAUGUGUUUAUCGAGGACACGGCCUUGGACUCUUCCCUGUCUACCUUCAGCACGUGGACGCAGCUCCUGAGGAACGUUUUCUUAGCGAAUAACAGAAAUGUGGCUCUAAAGAAAGCCGCGCUGUUGUUGAGUCGAUUCGAUGAUUAUAAGGAGACCAAUUGA